CAGAGUCCCCAGGGAGACACUUAAAGGAAAUUAAACUGCAGAGUGCAAGAGAUGCCUCAGUCAAGUCAGCCAGAAACACGUGGGUCAUCCCCGAGCCCCCGAGAGUGACAGAGCCCAGAUGACACGGACACGGUGACUGCUGUCACUUCCCACAGGCCUGUGCUGUCACUCCCACAGGCUUUGAAUUGAAGGCAAGUGCUUCAGAAUUUGCAUCUAUUGUUCUGUCUUUCCUGGGAAGUUAUUCAUCCUGGUAGGCAGCCCACCGACAGAAUGGAUUUAGAUCUACUGGACCUGAAUCCCAGAAUUAUUGCUGCAAUUAAGAAAGCCAAACUGAAAUCAGUAAAGGAGGUUUUACACUUUUCUGGAUCGGACUUGAAGAGACUGACCAACCUCUCUAGCCCCGAGGUCUGGCAGUUGCUGAGAACGGCCUCCUUACACCUGCGGGGAAGCAGCAUCCUUACAGCACUGCACCUGCACCAGCAGAAGGAGCGGUUCCCGGCCCAGCACCAGCGCCUGAGCCUCGGCUGCCCGGUGCUGGACUCGCUUCUCCGUGGUGGCCUGCCCCUGGACGGUAUCACCGAGCUGGCCGGACGCAGCUCAGUGGGGAAGACCCAGCUGGCGCUGCAACUCUGCCUGGCUGUGCAGUUUCCACGGCAGCACGGAGGCCUGGAGGCUGGAGCCGUCUACAUCUGCACGGAAGAUGCCUUCCCACACAAGCGCCUGCAGCAGCUCAUGGCCCAGCAGCCGCGGCUGCGCACUGACGUUCCUGGAGAGCUGCUUCAGAAGCUCCGAUUUGGCAGCCAGAUCUUCAUCGAGCAUGUGGCUGAUGUGGACGCCUUGCUGGAAUGUGUGAAUAAGAAGGUCCCCGUUCUGCUGUCUCGGGGCAUGGCUCGCCUGGUGGUCAUCGACUCGGUGGCAGCCCCAUUCCGCUGUGAAUUUGACAGCCAGGCCUCCGCCCCCAGGGCCAGGCGUCUGCAGUCCCUGGGGGCCGCGCUGCGUGAGCUGAGCAGUGCCUUCCAGAGCCCUGUGCUGUGCAUCAACCAGGUGACAGAGGCCAUGGAGGAGCCAGGCGCAGCACACGGGCCGCUGGGGUUCUGGGAUGAGCGUGUUUCCCCAGCCCUUGGCAUAACCUGGGCUAACCAGCUCCUGGUGAGACUGCUGGCUGAGCGGCUCCGCGAGGAAGAGGCUGCCGUCGGCUGCCCAGCCCGGACCCUGCGGGUGCUCUUUGCCCCCCACCUGCCCCCCUCCUCCUGUUCCUACACGAUCAGUGCAGAAGGGGUGCGAGGGACACCUGGGACGCAGUCCCACUGACACGGUGGCAGCUACAGAACAGCCUUGCCUGAGAAGCCCCGACACACGGGGCUUGCGCCUUUAAAACGCUGUCUGCCUUGGCCGUGGCACAGCUGGGAGCCUGGUUCAGACAGAGCUCUUCCAGGGCAGCGGUUCCACUUUCUCAGCCAAAGGUGGUGGCCACAGUCCCCCACCUGAGCUGGGGGAGCUGUUCCACCUCUGCCUGGGUCUGGGGACAGGCCCGGCUUGCUGGGCACCUGGUCCCCACCGCUGAGCUGGUCCUUGGGGACAGGUGAUUCUCAGGGCUGGGGCCUGGGGGGGGUGUCCCUACAGUGACUCCCUGGGAGUCCCCUGCUUCUGCUGUCCACAUGGAAGCCCACCUGGGGUCGCGUCUGAGGCCUCAGACCCCCUCAGCCUUGGGGCCCUGCCCACGAAGGUCUCCCCUCCUACACACAGGGCUGUCUUUACUCCCCUAACCACUCAGGUCACAGCGGGGCUGCAGGCAAGCAGCUCCUCCUCACCCACCUCUGGGUCCUUGGGUCCUGGGGGUCCCACCCCGGCACACAUUGUGCCCCACAAAACUUCAGUGUGGUACAAGGUGUUUGAGAAAGCGUAUCCCACCGACCUCCAGCUUCUUCAGGUCCAGGAGAGCCUGGGGUUGGGGGGCUGCCUUGACUCUAGUAGUGUGGCCUGUGCCAGCACCACAGCCAGACAGAGGAGAGCGGGCAGCGUGGGGCUGGCAUGUGACAGGCUCGUCAGUCACCUGGGAACAUAGUUCUGGUGAAAGAGGAUCUGAGGUUGAGAGGAAGGAGGGUCCCAGCGUAUCCUCGCCCCAGGGGUCUGGGCGUCCAGCUCAGCCCUGGUGUGGCUGGGCGGCACUCUGGUAGGGAUAUGGCAGGACUCCUGGCAGGGCCACCUGCAGACCCAGUCCCACACUGACCAGGCCUUACAUCUGGCCAGAAAGAGCCUCUCGGGAACACAGCUGGCUGCAGAUGCUGAAAUAUCCACCCAGCGGUCAGAGUGGCGUGGCCUCCCCAUGGGCAGAGCGGUGACCCCCUUGAUUCCCACCCACCCAGUGCCUCCACGCGCUGCCUGGCACCGACCAGGCCUUUGACAAAUAAAUGUUAAAUGGAUGCAGUUCCAGGA